AUGUCGCUGCCCAAGCGAAUCAUCAAGGUGAGUGCGACGGGCACCUCUCGCUCCCUCCCCUCCUACGCGCCGCUCGAGCGCUUGGUGGGUUCUGAUGCCUGUGCAUGCUCUCUUUGCUCUCAUCCGCAUUCAUUGACCGCAGGAGACGGAGCGCUUGAUCUCUGAUCCCGCACCGGGCAUCAGCGCUACUCCGCACGAAGACAACCUGAGGUACUUUGAUGUGAUCGUCGAUGGACCUGGACAGAGCCCCUUUGAAGGUGAGCUGACUCGCCGCCUCAAAGCCUGAUGAUAUACACAGAGCGGGAAGCAGGUGAUGUCGCAGGGGGCCAAGGCGCUAGGGUGUACCCCGAAGCCCUUGUACACUCAAUCCUGGACGUGUGCUAGGCGCGGUUGAAGUGCAUGCAAAGCUGCUCAGGGUGUCGAGGUGCCAACAAGUUUGCCGGAAUACACUCGUAGCGAUCUUUUGCACCUCAGAAAAGUCGUCGGCGACGCAGACAGGGCUGUCUCAUCUCUGCAUGUCAAGCCCCAAGCCCGUUGCACCACUACCGUUUCAAUGCGCCAGCGCCGAUCGGUGCAUCCAGCGCGAGCGAAACGAUACCGCACCUCCGUUGUGCCAAUCUGACUGGACCUAUGCUGACUCUAGUCUCCCUCUCGCGCGAAAUAAAGGCGGCAAGUUCAAGCUUGAGCUCUUUUUGCCAGAAGAGUAUCCCAUGGCGCCACCCAAAGUCAGAUUUUUGACCAAAAUCUACCAUCCCAACAUCGGUCAGUGACUUCGAUUUCCCCAGCAGCACACGGGGAUCACCUCAUUCGCAAUUGCGCUCGCGGCCGCUGAUACGCUUGCCUGUCUUUCAAUUCCUGCGACUGGCCUUCAAUAGAUCGAUUGGGACGAAUCUGUCUGGACAUUCUCAAGGGUGAGCAUGCGCGCGUCCUCCGUUGCGUCUCCCAGACUCGCACAGCGAAUUGUAGCGGAGGUCUCUGAGCAAGAUGACUGACUCGACCGCACUGGUAUCUUUGACGACUUUCCUUCACAUCAGAUAAAUGGUCGCCAGCUCUGCAGAUCCGAACCGUUCUGCUAUCCAUCCAAGCCCUCUUGUCUGCUCCCAAUCCCGAUGAUCCUCUCGCCAACGAUGUUGCCGAGCACUACAAGACUGACGAGAAAGCGUGAGUGCCGUUCCAUGCAAGCCAACGCGUGAAUGCGUUCUGACACGUCUCAUGCGACACACUUCUUGAUCCUUCGACAGGGCGAUCGAGGAAAGUAGGAGGUGGACACAACAGUAUGCGGUCCCCAAGUGA